UUUAAUUUCUUGGUUGGAGAAAUUCCUCCAUGGCUGGUUCUUAUUAAACUCCAAUCAUCUCUCUGAAUCUCUUAAUUUGGUCGGUUUUCAAUGCUCUUCAUCUUCUCUCCUCUUUCUCACGAUCCAUUUAUUCUUCUUCUUCUUCUUCUUCUUCUUCUUCUUCUUCUUCACGCAUUCUUCGUUUAUGCUCCUUUCCCAUUUCCAUGGCGAUCGAGGCCGUUUCUCCUGACAUUCCCGCUGUCGCAUUGAGCCCUAGAAUUUCAUUCUCUCAUGAUUUCAUCCAUGCCGAAGCCAUUCCCGUUGAACAGCGCCCUAAUUCUCGAUCCAGUUCCUCUGCUUUCAAUUCCAGUUUCGAUUUCGAUUUUUGCAUUCGUGAAUGCUCCCAUCAGGAAUCCUCCUCCGCGGAUGAGAUUUUCUCUCACGGAAAAAUUUUGCCUCUCGAAAUCAAGAAGAGGUUGGAAGAGCCACAUCUGCGUGUCGAUCAGUCUUCUUUCUCUAAUCAUUCUCCUCCAUUGACGCGAGCGAAAUCGCUCGAUUCUAAUGCGGAGAAAUGUUUGAAGAAAGAUCGCUCGCCCAAGGAAAUCAAGGACGCCGUCAGUAGUGAUUCUGAAGAGAAGCAAAGCUCGAAUUUCAAAUCAUUUUGGGGUUUCAAGAGAAGCAGUAGCUGUGGCUCUGGUUACACUCGCAGCUUAUGUCCAUUACCGCUUCUAUCACGAAGCAAUUCCACCGGGUCUGCGCCGAAUAUUAAGCGAACGACAUUAUCAAAGGACGGUGUAACUCAAAAACAGAGCUCUCAUAGAAACGCGCCAAAAAAUUCACAACACUGUUCGUCUUCAAUGGGAUAUCAGAAACCUCCAUUGAAGAAGGUACAUGGUUCGUACAGUAAUGCAGUCCAAGUAAACCCUAUUCUAAAUGUUCAUUCGGGGAAUCUUUUCGGUUUGGGCUCAAUAUUCUCCUCUGGCAAGGAUAGAAGCAAGAAAAAGUGAAUGAUUCCGUUUCAUUUUUCCUUUUUUCUUCUCUGGAUAACCAGCUGAUUGUCUGAUUUGCAAAAAGCUUGUGGAAUCUGUAAUUCUCUGUCUCCUUUUGCCCCCCCUCCCCUUUUCAAUUUCGAAUAUGAUUCUUAAAACAUAAAAUAAAAGUUGGAAGAGAUGCUUUUCUGGUGUGAUC